AUGCGCCCCAUGUGCUCCGAGGCAGCACUCAGAGCAGUCCACAGUCCACUGCAGACCCUGAAGCGUAAAGAGAAGGAGUACGAGCACGAGAUGGAGCGGUUGGCCCGGGAAAAGAUCGCGACUCAGCAGCGUUUGGCAGAACUGAAGAACGAGCUGAGUCAGAACAUGGACGUGGUGGAGAUCGACCGCGUGCUGCGACAGACGCUGCAGCCAGAGGACGACCAGGCCUCCACCUCCACCGCCUCAGAAGGAGAGGAGAACUUUGAGCAGGACAUCGAUGACGACAUUUUGCCGCCCGUCCAUCCCGCCGCCGCCGCACCUCUCCUCAAACCCGCACCGCCGCAGCUGCUCAAGGCCCAGCAGCUGCUCGCCCCGCACCUGUCCCUCCAGCACGCCACACUGUCGGGCGUCCUGACCUCCACUGCCUCCACGCCGCCGCAGCCCAUCGCCCCCGCCUCCAUUGUUGCCUCGCACCCGCUCCAGAGCGCCGCCACCGUGCAAGUCCAGCCCACGGUCAUCGCGCACGCCGCCGUCUCGCACGCCUCCGUCUCGCACGCUUCCGUCAUCCAGGCAGUCAACCACGCACUGCCCACCAACCACAAACACCUCGCCCACAUCGCCCCCUCGCCCGCCGUGCAGCCGCAGAACCCCGCGCAGCACCAGCAGCCGCAGCCGCAGACGACGCACCAGCCCAUCACCGCGCAGCAGAUCGGACACAUCACGGUGCAUCCGGUGGCGCACAUAGGCUCGCACCUCCCCACGCUCUACCCGCAGGGCGUGGCCGUGUCCCAGGGCGCUAUGGUGGGACACAUCACCCACACCUUCACCCACCACACCCUGCCGCACGUCCAGGCGAGCCCGCAAUCUGCAGCCGGUGCGCAGGUGAAUGUAAACGGCGCCACCGUGGUCAGCCAGGGGAACCAGUCCUUAGGGAAACCCACGGCGGUUUUGGCGCCGCACCCGCAGCUGGUGGGGCAGACGGCGGUCCUGAACCCGGUGACGAUGGUCACGGUGCCCACGUUUCCAGUCAGCACUCUCAAACUCGCCUGA